GCUCGGACCCCUACUAGCCUUCUAAAGCACCUAACAUAAUGACUGAAGAUGUAUUAAUCUCGCUUUUCUGAACGCUGCUUAGGUGUAAAGUGCAUGCUGUGUGGGUGAUUCAGACUGUCGGUCAAACCAACACCCAAUCACGAACAGGCUUACAUGAAAGAUAUUUUCACUCACUGCAUGUACAGUACCGUAGCCUAUGUUGCAAACUGUUAAGAGAAACACGUUAACCGAAGGAAGAGAAGUGGACAACGAUCUGGUACAGCAGCCUACCAGCCUGAAGUUACAAAACAUUUUAUCGGCUGGCCUGUUGCAGGUAAGCGCUGACACACUUGUGCUUGUAUUACACUUUUAUUUUCUAACCACUUCGAUAUAACACAACACCCAGGAAGCUAUAUCAAGUAGGCUAUACUCAUGUAGAAUAGUGCCUGUACAGAUAAACACGGUCAUAUGUUCUCUAUCCAUGUCUUGUGACACCAUUCUGAGUGACUAUUUCCAUAGACUGUACUUCGAAAAGUUUGAGCAAGAUGAGUGAAGUCCGAAGCUAUAAUUUGAAUGAUGAUGGUACACACAGCUAGGCCAGUCAUGAACAUCCAUUCCACAUAGGCUUCUGCACAAGCCUCCACAAGACCGGAGAGAGAACACUUAGACGUACUGGGGGAGGGCAGGAAAAACAACCAGAGAAAAUUGUUCGAGUUAAACGAAGAACUCUAAGCUAUCAUCACUGAGCUGUUAUCUAAUUUAGAUCAAUGCAUGGAAAAGAUUAUCCGUCAGUUUGUGACUUGCGGUGUUGCGCUUCGUAAAGGUUGCUUUCGCGUUCAUCCGGUAAAAAUAAAAGUGCUCGGUCUGGGUAGCUCCUAUUUGUGUUACUGUACAGCUAGUGCAGAACUGUUAUGAUGUGUCAAUAAGUUUAAAGGUGGACGGAGGCUGGAAUGAGAAGGCCCUGGUGUUUGAGCUUGGUUACAGAGGUAAGUUUCCAUUUUGAAAUACCGUCAUGACAGAAAACUUGGGGGUAUUUUAUCCCUGCACGGAUUCCAAGUGUCGUUUGUCAAGAACAUUCUGUUAUUCAGUGCAGUAUUUGUGUCAGUUUAUUGCGCCGUGGCCGUGGCAGAGUGCUGGCUCCUUAUCAUCUCGCGAUUAAAACACACAUCGAUUAAUAAACAUGUUGUUGUUUUACUUAGUACCAGCUCUCGAUGUCGUUGGGCACUCAUUUCAAGUCACAGUUCUGUGAAACUGACGAUGCAAAACGUAGAGACAAUAUGUACGACAUAGCUAGGCAAGCUUGCUUUCCUCUUAGAAACGGAAUAGACACUUCCCUCAUCAAAUGCACGGCUACAAUGAAACCAAACACGUUGACACAGGCUUCGAAACCGUGCAAAUGAUCAAUUCUGUAGAACUUGAGUUACAAAAGUGAAGUGAUGUCGGUUAUGAACUGACCCAGGGACUUGAAACCAUUGCAUGUUGAGCUAAUGACACGUUCGGGGAUAUAGUGACUCGCAUCAGAGAGCUAGCAGGCUAGCAAGCUACUUUUAUUCCGUUUAACAAAUCGGAAAGCUAGACCAGUCCAAUCAAAUGUCUCAUUGCAAACGUCGAUACUGAUUACCCCAAGUUUAAGUAAUGAAAGGUCGCAGUUUGUCGUUGAUGGAAAUCUUUCGUAGUGAUUGCUUUGGCGGAGUUUGACAGGAGUGAGAUUUAUACUUCAUUUUCCCCAAAGCAAGAUGGACUCUCUUUCGCUUGUCUGUCUUGUCAGACCCCAGAUCGACAUUUUGCACUCAUGCAAAUUUGAGGUUGGUCUAACAGAGAUUAUUAGGAUAAAUAAGAUAGUUAUGCUGUUUAUUCUGUCAAACUUUAGGUGGACCAUAUAUUCACAGGAUAUCGGUGGAUAUGUGCUUCUUGAUUCGGCGAUUAAGUCCCUUUGGAUUGCAGGGAGCACCGGUCUCACCUGAAAACUGAACGCUGCAAUUACUGUAAUCUACUCGACGCAAGUGUAGGCUGCUGGACAUUGUUUUGAUUGUUUGGUUUUAGUUAUCUACAUGGGAUAGCUUCAGCUAUUUUUGGCAAGGGCUUAGCAAUGGAGAUGGAUUCGAAUCCAUCCUAUAACUUAGCUAUGUUUCAUCCAUCAAUCGAAUGCACCAGCAUAGUUUGCUUGUCGACUAGGCUCUCACGUAUGCCUCAGACAUAUCACAAAGUUAACGCCACGCUGAGGCAAUGCAGAAUAUGUCGCUGGUUUUGAAUAUCAUGGUAUGAACAUUUGUUUCCGUAACCAUGACUCGAAGAUGUAGCCUAUCCUUUGACUGAGGACGCAGUGUUUUUAUUUUGUAGGUCAUCAUCAUCGCAUGACAAAGCCUGAGUGACAGAUUCAUCCUCAUCUUUCAAAUACAGUGUUACCAUAUUCUGUGACUAAGGCCGCCAGCAUGAAGGGUGGAGGCCGGGGGAAGGAGCCGCCUGUGGAGGGGGAGGUGAGUGGGAAACGGCCCAAGCGCAAGUGUCUACAGUGGCAUCCUCUUCUCUCCAAGAAAGCCUUGGAGUUCUCUGAGGAGGAAGAGGAGGAGGAUGAGGAAGAGUUGGAUAAAGGGACUGUGCUGUGCGUCCAGACUGAAGGGAAGGAGGCGGCGUGUGGGGCCGUGGAGGAGGGGGAGGAGGACACGUCGGAGCAGCGCGCCCGCCGGCCCAUGAAUGCGUUCUUACUCUUCUGCAAGCGCCACCGCUCCCUGGUGCGCCAGGAGCACCCCCGACUGGACAACCGCGGGGCCACCAAGAUCCUGGCUGACUGGUGGGCGGUACUGGAGCCCAAGGAGAAGCAGAAAUACACAGAUAUGGCAAAAGAGUACAAGGAUGCCUUUAUGAAGGCAAACCCUGGCUACAAAUGGUGUCCAACUACCAACAAGCCUGUCAAGAGUUCCUCUCAGGCAGUUGGCAAUGCCCGCAAAAAAGUCUGGUCUUUUCCCACCAACCCCACGAAGGACCCUCCUGUUACCAAAAAAGUGCCCAAGACUGACAACAAGCCACAGCUUAACUUCGCCAUGGCAGAUCCUACCAAAAUGGGAGGGCUCAGUCUGCUGCUGUUGGCUGGCGAGCAUGCCCUGACUGCCAGAGAGCUGUCAUCUAAUACUUCCCCCGCUGUUGUCACAAAUGCUACUAAACACCAUGGAAAAUCGGCCCUCUUUCAGCUCGCUGAGAUUUCCUCCAAUACUCAUCGGCCUCCUGCGGAAUGUAAACAGGAGGAGGAGGAGAGCACUCUGGGAAGCCUCGCUGAGUCCUCUGGAAAUUCAGUGCCUGGUCCAGCAGUCUCGCCCAAAAACCAUGGUCACGCCGCGUCCCCUUUAUUUCAACUCGCCGAGAUGUGUUUGGCCUCUGAGGCGGAGAAGAGAGGGGCCUUGUGUCCCCAGCCUGCAGGUGACUCUGCUCCCGUUCUCCCCGAGGACAGUUCCACACACAUGGAUCCCAUGGAUCAAAGAGACUCCCCCGACCUGCCUCCAUCAGCACCUUCCUCCUCCUCCUCCUCCUCCUCCUCCUCUACGUCUCCUUCCUCCUCGGCCUCCUCCACCCCUACCGACAAAACACCGCCACUCCUCAGCCAGCCCAAGAAUGUGAAAAAGAAAAAGAAGGACUGCAAAGAAUCUCUCAAGGCCGACAAGACUCAAGGUUCGGUGAAGAAAGCCUCGAAGAAGCGCCAGUCCUCGGAGUCUGACUUGGACAGUGUCAUUGAAGCCGUGGCCAAAGGGACCUGGGGCGCGGGGGAGACGCCCAGGAAGAAGGCCCGCGUCCCCGUCAGUGACAAGAGCCCUUCCCCCGAGCCACAGCACUCGCCAAAAAAGAAGACGAAGCCUAAAGUGAAGAAACCACUCAAAGCAAAAGAAGAGGCGUUGGAGGAGGAGGAGGAGGAGGAAGAGGAGGAGGAGGUGGUGGUGCAAAAAGAAGAAGAGGAAGAGGAGGAUGGCGGCAAGCCACAAGAUCUGCCUGUGGUGAAGGAGGAGAGUGCAAUAUCCCCCAAGAGGGACGGUGUUGAGGCACCCUGCGAGAAGACGGACUCCCUCGUGGGGAGGGAGGACAUGGAGCCCCACAGCCCUCUGGAGGCCCUGGUCAAGUGUGAGGAGAGAGACGCCGCCGACAUCAAGACACCGGAGAGCUGUGGCUCCAGGAAGUCUGAGCGCAGCUGCAAGGGGGCCCUGUACAAGACGCUGGUGUCGGAGGGGAUGCUAACGUCACUGAGAGCCAACGUGGAUAGAGGAAAAAGAGGCUCUAUCCGAGGGAGUGUGUCGGAUCAGGAGGGGGCGUGGACCGACGAGGCCUGGACCUUUGCUCAGACUAGUGCGAGCAACCCCAAGAAGCUGAAGAAGUCUAAAUCUAAAGAUGAGACCGCGCCAGGUCUAGGAAAACUAGAAGAGGAGUUUGAGAAGAAGUUCAACAGCUUGCCACAGUAUAGCCCUUUGACAUUUGACAAAAAGAACACCUCUGUCGCCAAGAAGAAGAAACCAUGUUCCACCAUUCUCGCUGAUCAAGUCAAGCCUACUAAGGGUUCAUCUGCAUCUCAGAAAAAAACCUUAUUCCACAAGAUCGUUAGCAAAUACAAGCACAAAAAGGAGAAGCCCAAUACCUUGGAUAAAGCCAUAGCCGUGUGCCAGUCCCCUGUGCCCGAGGCCGUGCAGAAGGACACGCCGUGUGGCCAGGUGGCGCUGGAAGCCCAGCGGGCAGCCGACAUGCUGGUGGGCAGUCAGAAGAGGAAGGCGAGGAAGAGUAAGAUCACCCACCUGGUGCGCACCGCCGACGGCAGGCUGUCCCCAGCAGAGGAAGACAAAGCCAAGGAGUUGUCCCAGGACAAGGAUGAAAAGCCAUGUACUGAAGAGUCUUUAUGCAAUGAAGAGGGCUGCUACGCUGCAGUAGACAGGAGGGAUGCACCUGAAGGCCUGCCCGCCUUCUUCAGCCUGGCCGCCCUCGCUGAAGUAGCAGCCAUGGAGAACGUGCACAGAGGUCAGCGUGCUGUCAGCUUGCCCAGUGAGGGCCAAGCCAAGGACAUGUCGCCCCAGACCCCUGUGCUGAUCUCCUGUGCUGACCAGUGAGGGCUCCCUUCGCUGGGCCCCCUCCAAACAGACAGACAUGGUGCGUUUACCCCCCCGCAAUCUCAGCCUCGUGCUGGUAUGGGACAGAGGGACACUGGGGGAGAUGGACUCUGACGUGGCCUCCACGGGCUGCUCUGGUCUGGGGGGUGAAAGAGCACGGAGAGAAGGGUGCCUUUCACCUGGGAGCUAUCCCAGAUGCAGCCCACACACACCUGCAGCCUCUGGAGGAGCUAGGGUGGCUGCACAGCGUGCGGCCUCCUCACUUUGGUGUGCUGGGGACGGGUUAGCAGACGUUGCACAAAAAAAUGGCUGCCAUUUUAAGGUCAAGUUUUGCAUUUUAAAAGUGCAUUCGAAUAUUUUUUUUAUUUUUAUUUUUAAUUUUUUUUUUUUGCAGCUUUGUUUCACAGACGUUUCCUCCACGUAGCAGAGUCUUCUGUACGGGCGAAUGAAAUCGUGCGGCUUCCUGCAGUCCUUCCUGCCUGCUCUAGACCAAAUUCACACAGCCAGUAGCCUGCACAGAUAUGCUUGAACAGCCACCAUACCUCUUGUCUCUCUCUCUCUCAGUAAUAGCAAUUUAGCUUUUUAUUCUAGUUUCUCGGAUCCCUCUUGGUCACCUUUUAAAGAUGAUGAGAGGCUUAUGGGGAUUAGGUGUUUGCCAAGAUAAUGCAGUAGGUCUUACAGGUCUUUGUACAUUUUCAGCCAGUGAUGGAAAAUAUCUUAAUUUAGGCCACCCCUUAUUGGUUUUGGUAGGUAGGUAGGUGAGAAAUAACUGGGUUCUUUUUGUCUACACACCCACAGCAGUUUUUUGGCAACAGGUUUGUCUAUAGUACUGUAUUUCAGUGUGAUCGGAAUGAGUGACUGAGGGUUUGAACACAGGCUCGACUCCACUCAACUCAACUCAACUCCACUCCACUCAACUUUAAUCCACUUGAACAUUGGCUGCAUACAUGGUUGCAUCACCAUGGCAUAUUCUGAUUUUGAUCUCCAAAGGUUUCUUUUUCUGUUCACUAGUUUCAAACAACACUUCAAACACGAGAGCACACCAUGCUAGGCUCAAUCGUCCUGUGUGGAUUGCACCUUCAAGGCAUCCUGGACGUAGAGCACGUAAAAUCAGCCAUUCUGGGUACUGUAGGAAGGGGUUCACUUUUAAGGAGUAGACCAACACGUUUGUGGUGGAAAAUGGAUUUUAUAUUACAAAUAUUUCUCCUUAAACCAUUUAAAUGCUUUUCAGGGUUGAUUUUCUUUCCUUUAAGAUCCAUUGCAACUCCCUAUCCCACCCCUCAUAUUCAACACACACACACACACACACACACACACACACACACACAUGCAUCCCCCAUAGUUUUUGUCACAGGAGUGAUUUUUGUUGGAGCAGUUCGGGGAUACUUGAAUGGCGAAUAGCAUUUGAUUUCAAUACUUGACCUUCGAGCAGUCUGUGUAGCAUCUAGAAAGCUCAUCUUAAAGAAUGCGGCUAGUUUGCUAACAGUGUAAUAACACAGACACUGCACUAAUAUUUUGCUUGAGUAGAAGAGGCUUUUCC